AUGUGACUGAAUCUGGAGGUGGCCAUCUCACCUACCAUGAUGGAAUCUGGUCUGUCACCUCCCAUAGACCUCAACACCAGCAGCUAUGCCAAUAACAGCAAUAACAGCUGGAGUGGUCUCCUUGAUCGUGACUCACCGAGGAGCAAUCACACCCUGACCCUCCAUGACCGCUUCCACAACGCCCUGCUGGGAGUCUUUCUGGGACUCCUUUCUCUCCUCACCAUUAUUAUGAACCUGCUCGUUCUCUACGCCGUUAAGAGAGAGAAGAGCCUCCACACCGUCGGGAACCUCUACAUUGUCAGCCUCUCAGUGGCAGAUCUGAUUGUAGGGACCACAGUUAUGCCUCUGAACUUGGUGUAUUUAUUGGAGGAUGAAUGGAAACUGGGCCGGGCCGUGUGCCAAUUUUGGCUUAUUAUGGACUACGUGGCAAGCACAGCCUCUAUUUUCAGCUUGUUUAUCCUGUGUUUGGAUCGGUACCGCUCAGUGAGACAGCCGCUGAAGUAUCUAAAGUAUCGAACGAGGGGAAAAGCCAGUGUGAUGAUCUCUGGAGCCUGGCUGCUCUCGAUGAUGUGGAUUAUUCCAAUUUUAGGAUGGCGGUCUUUUACACAUGUGGACCUUAAACCUGAGGAGGAGAACAAGUGCGACACAGAUUUUCGCUUUGUCACAUGGUUUAAGGUUAUUACUGCCGUCUUCAACUUCUACGUACCCUCAAUUUUGAUGCUGUGGUUUUACACACACAUCUACUUGGCUGUGAGACAACAUCUGAGGGACAGAGAGAGAAUCAUCCAUCCAACCGAUUCGUUUGGGGAAAAUGAGAAUGGACAAAAUGAUAAAAUGCCUGAGAAAAAUGACUCAAAAUCACCCAAGCAAGAGUGUGAGGCUCCAGUCAAACUGUCUAAAACGCAACGCUUGCUGGACCAGAACACUCUAGAUCAGGCAUAUUCCCUUGAAGAUUCUGAUAAGACUAAAGGUGCUCCUUCUAGAUCUCACAGAAAAAUUGGCGUAAAGUGCCAGCAGACGUCAUUGAUUGCCAUGACAACAAAACGAUUCAGAAUGGCACGGAAAGCCAAAAGGUGCUCUUUGUCCCCUGCAGAGAAGCAGCCAGAUGCUGAGAUUCCCCUGAGUCGACCCUCUGUCCCACAGGACGUAAUUUGCUCAGAGGGGAAUAAUGAGAACAAACAUCAAGCAUCUUUAAAUGAAUGUCACGUCACGGUGCCAAACUCAGUUAGCGGUGUCUGUGAUGUCAGUCAGGUUUCAGACGUGCAGAGAUACACGUCCGCGCUCUAUAACAACUAUGACCCCAGUCACGCUCUACCCUGGACUGAUGAAGGGGUUGAAGAUGCCAAACUGGACCCAGCUAACGCGGUGACUCUGAGACAGACGUGGCAAAAGUUUAUUGACCAAUCACGUCAGCGUAUCCAAAGCCUGAGGAUCCAUAAGGAGCACAAAGCGGCCAAGCAGUUGGGCUUUAUAAUCGCUGCUUUUUUGUUGUGUUGGAUACCCUACUUCAUAGCUUUCAUGGUCAUGGCAUUCUGCAGAGAGUGUGUGCACCAUGACCUUCACAUGUUCACCAUUUGGCUAGGUUACAUGAACUCCACUCUCAACCCUUUCAUAUACCCGCUCUGCAAUGGGAACUUUAAACGGGUCUUCAAAAAUAUUUUGAACAUUCGUUUGUGAUGGAUUGUGAAAAGAAAAUAA